CCAGUCUCAUGCAGACAGUAUUCCUCCACAUCAGGACGGAGUGGCCGUCUAGUCUCCGUCUCGUCUUCUCGGCGGCUCGGAGUGACGAUGAAAGUCCCGUUGAUAACUUUACUGAUUGUUUUGUCGUCGGUCAUCGCCGCAGAAAAACAUGAAGCCGCUCAGCCAAUCGAAGCACAGGAAGGCGGUAAAGCUACUGUUCAGUAUAGAACCAAUUCUCCCACCAACUUGGAGAAUGACAUGCUGAUUUGUAAGAGACUUGAUGGCAACUUCAGUGACCUCAACAGUUACAUCUACAGCCGUCGACAUGGACAGGAACAUCCUCAACCACCGAUGGAGCAGUACAGAAACAGAACACGUCUGGUUCUUGAAGACCUGCGCAAAGGGAUCGUGACUCUUGAGAUCUUCCCAGUACACUCCAGUGACAGUGGACGAUACAAAUGCUUUAUAAGAAAGCAGAACAUCACCUUUAAUUUUACCAUUGUUGUCAUACCGAAGAAGAAGACGGAUGCUUUCAAGAUGACGACAGCUUCAGCGGGAAUAAAGACGAAUCCAGAUGCAGAACCAACUAAACAUCCCAACAUGAUGGGCAUUCCCAUCGCUGUUUUUGCUGUUCUCGUUCUCGUUCUCGUUCUCGUGGUCAUUUUCCGGUGGAACGUCAUCAAGCCUUGGCUUUCUAAUAUAGUCAGAAGAAGGAGGGAUAAAGAAGAGUCCUCUGAAAAGGAAACUCUCAAGACCCAAGAAGCAGAAAGAGAUGAACAAGCUCUGCAGUGGAGCUCUCAGAAGCGCGGUGCUGGAGGCCGUCAGCGGAUUCCCAGCGUCGGCACAGGUGGUGGUUCUGACGAUAGAUAGGGCCGGCCCUGACCAAUUUGGCAAGAUUUUAGGUGGCGCCCCCCAGCAUCACAGUGAAUUUCACUCUUAAUUUUCAUACUAAUAAGACAGAAACUGUAUGCAUGUAUUCAAACUUUUAUUUCAGUAUAAACAACACACUAAAUAAAACUGAAGAAACAAGUGACCCAGAUUAAAAAUACAAUACGCAUAAGGCAUUGUACAGAUAUAAAAAAUGUUCUAUAGCUUGUUUGUUUUCUACUAUCUACAAAACAAGGGGCUGUGCACCACUGAGGAAUCUGAUGUAGAGCUGCUCUAAUUUUAUUGCGUUUUUUAAAGAUUUUUGAUUUAAAAAAAAAAAAAAAAAAGAUGUUUAGUUUUGCUGGAAAAGGUUUCAGUUGUUGAAGAAAAAUGUGACUGACCUGUUUGUCACUAAUUGUCAAUUACUUAGUUUAACUAUGAUGCUCUAAUCUCCCAUUUUAAACUGGAGAGCUUAAACAGCUCAAAGGUUGGUCUCUUGCCAACCCACAUUCACACAAAGAGGUGAGAUCAGUGCAGGUUCAUUGUCAACCACAUGGCAGGAGUGCAGAAUACGUAAAAGCGACUGCACUUCAAUACUGGAGUAAACUUAGCACCCUAUAGCACAUAAAGGGGAAGGAAAGCUAAGCAUUUUAAAUAGAUUAGAUUAGAUAGAACUUUAUUGAUCCCUUUGGUGGGGUACCUCAGGGAAAUUUUUGUUCUAGAAACGGCACAACACCGACAAAGACUUAGCACACAUCAGUUAAGAAAAAAGCAGUAAACGAGGAAACAAAGGAAACAAACUGCUGGAAUUUUCAAGGUGGCGCUAUGGAGCCAUUUUGGCAAUAACAUGACCACGCCUCUGAUAGUUUCCGUCCUCACCCCUUGCUCCCCACCUCUCCCUGCUUGCUGCUCCCCCCUGUAGAAAGUUAUCUUGGUCCUCAUACCACCUACAGAUGUGAUUCUUGGAUAGGUGAUCCAAUGACUUCUUAUUGAGAUCAAUGCAGUUAUGAACACACCAAACAGAGACUGGGAAAACCGUGAUUUAGCCUGUGUACAUAUAAUAAAUGAAUGAGAGAGCACUGUAUAUUCUGUAUAGUUCACUGGUGUUACCGUAUUUAAAUUACUGUGUGGAAGUAUGGGGCAACACCUACAAAACCACCUUACAAUCACUACGCACAAUACAAAAGAGAGCCAUUUGUAUAGUACGCAAUGCAGGAUAUUAUGAACACACUAAUAUACAGUUUUUAAAAUGACAUACCUUAAAGUUUGGGGAUCUGGUAGAAUUUAAGACUGCACAAAUAAUGUACAAAGCAAAAAAUAAACUACCUAUAAACUGUUCAAAGACAGAGUGGGGGGGUUACAACUGUAGAAGGAAACUAAACAUGGAACAGCAUUAUGCUCGAACCAAUUUAAAAAAUAUGUGUAUUUCCAUUUGUGGGGUGGUUUUGUGGAAUGGUCUUAACGAAACAAAAGAUAUAUCUUUGAUAAAUACAGAAAUGAGGAAGGAAAAUGUAACAUGUACAGAUGUGAAUGGUGGUUGUUCAUUUUCUUAUGUGUUUUUGUUUUGCUCUGUUUCCUUAAAUAGCUUGAUUGGAGUAUUUUUGUGUGUGUGUGUUGCCUAUUUAGUUUAUUGUAUAGGAUUUUGACUUUUUUAAUGGUGAAGAAUGGGGGUAGGACUUGACAAGCCUAGGCUUAUCCCUUUUCGAACGGGUCAAAUGUGUAUUAUAUUGAAGUUUGCUUUUAUUUUUCUUUUCCAUUUAUUUCAAUCGUUUGUUUGUUCGAAAUAAAGAAGAAUAUAAGUAAAAGAGAA